AUGGAAACUUUUCAUAAUGAAUAAUUCCUUGCAUCUGCAUAAAAAGGUUCUAUGGAAGAGAUCAAAAGAGCUAUCGUAUAAGGAAAUGUUGAUAUCAAUUACCAAGAUAGAGAAGGUAUUCUUCCUUUCUACAAUAAGGAAAUACUGCUCUCUUUUGGGCUAUAAUGAAUAAUCAUCUAGAAAUCGUAAGGUUUCUCAUUUAAAAUGAUGCAUCACUUGAAGUCUAUAAUUUAUAAGGAUCCGGACCUUUACAUCUUGCAGCUGAAAAGAUGAAUAAAGAAAUCGUUUUAUUACUUGUAAUUAAUUAAGCAGAUCCAAAUUUAAAGAAUUAAUCUGGAUAAAGGUAACUGUAACCUAUUUAUAUUUAGACCUGGAGAUGGAAUCACCGAAAUUAGAACUCUUAUUAAUAAUCUAACAUCUGAAAGUAAAGCCUUUUGUGUUUUAAAGCAAACUUAAAAAUAAAAACUCUAAGCUAUUUUUGAAGAUAUUGAUUAUGAUAAUUCUAAAUAUAUAGAUCAUGCCAAAGCUGUUAAAUUCAAUAAAUAUAUUGAUGAUAACAUCACUGAUAAUUAAGCUGAAAAAGAUGCUAAAGAUUUCAUUAAAUCAGUUGCUUUAUGUAAUCCUGAAAGAGGAGUAAAUUAAAUAUAAUAUCAUCUUUAUUUAGGUCAAUAUUGAUGAAUGGUUCUUUAGCUUUUCAAAACUAUUUGUUGUAGAUCCAACUGCCUUUGAUAAAUUUAUUGAAGAUUAUGAUAAAUAAGUUGAAAAGAAAUAAAAAUUAAGACACUAAAUGUAAGAUUGA